ACCAGGAACCCUAAGAAAAAAAGAAGAGAGAGGGAGAGAGAGAGAGAAGAGAAGAACUUUGUAUAAUUCCCCCGAAAAUUAUUAUUCUCUGAUAGUGGGGGAGGAAAAAGAAGGUUCUCCGGUGAUUCCUCUCCCUCUCUCACCGGCGAUCCCCUCCGGGUAUAAUUCUCCAUUCUCCGUUAUCGCCUUUAUAGCAGUUACGCUGCAGGCUCCGUCAAGUCGUCGCCGAUUCCGAGCUCUGGAUAGUUCAAACGCAUCGCCAGCGGCGAAUCUCUGGGCAGAAGACCAAUUUCGCCGUUCGAAGCUUUUUGAAGGUUUGCUACGUUGCUUGGCAUAUUCAGAGUCUUGAUUCUGGACUUGGAGUCUUACAGCCGCUCUGUAAUAGCUUUCCCAGGAAAUGGCUGCAAGUGCUACUGGCGAUGAUCAUGAUCUUGAUAACCAUUGGAACACUGAUGAUGAACUAGAGAUUGAUAAUUAUAGAUCCUCUCCACCUUCCGCUCAUGUGCAUCCUGGGGGAAAUGAUGGUGUCAGCACAAUUGAGGCAAAUUUUUCUUCAAGUUCUCCUAGCAUUAAGAUGAGCAAUUUUGUUGACAUGGGCUUCUCUGAUGAGAUGAUUGCUCGGGCAAUCAGGGAAACUGGUGGAGAUGCAGAUACUGGAGCAAUUCUUGAUGCUCUUUUCAAGUAUUCGGUGAGCACAGAAGCAAGCUCUUCCAAGUCUAGGGCCAUUGAUUAUUUUCUUGGGAUGGGGUUUGCUGAGGAAAUGGUGAUCAAAGCUAUCCAAGAAAACGGAGAGGAAAACAUGGAGGCAAUAGCUAACACGCUCCUGCGUUAUGCUGAGGAAGAGAAAUCACGUAAAGCAAUGGAAGCUUGUAUCAUGGACUGGUCAUCUGAUGAUGAUGAGAGUCCUAUUGAGAACUACUCAGACCUCUAUAGUUCCUCAGAUGAAGGGGAUGCAAGUUGUUUGCCCGAGGAUGUGAAACUGCGUUCCUUGAUGAAAAUGGGUUUCAAGAUGGAGGAGGUUUCUACUGCUAUCGAGAGAUGCGGAGAAAAUGCUGCUAUUGAUGAGGUAGCAGACUUCAUUUUUGCUGCUCAGUUGGCAAGGCAAUCUACUGAAUUUUCCGCUGACCCUGAUGAAGACAUGGUUAGAGUUGGCACGAAAAAGAGACAAUCGCUGGAGUGUGAUACAGUAAAAGGGAAAAAGCAGCGGUCUAUUCCAACUACUGAAGAAGAGUGUAUUCGUCUGCCAAACCCGAUGAUAGGGUUUGGGGUUCCUAAUGAACCUGGGUUGGUAUCUCAGAGAACACUUCCGGAGGCAGCUCAUGGUCUGCCCUACUUCUACUAUGAGAACGUCGCACUUGCACCAAAGGGUGUUUGGGAUACCAUAUCUAGUUUCCUUUUUGAAGUUACGCCGGAGUUUGUUGAUUCUAAGUAUUUUUGUGCUGCUGCAAGAAAGAGGGGUUACAUCCACAACCUUCCCAUACACAACAGGUUUGAGCUCCAACCUCCACCAAAAUAUACUAUACAUGAGGCUUUCCCUUUAACCAAGAGAUGGUGGCCAUCAUGGGACACGAGGACAAAGUUGAACUGUUUGCAGACUGCUAUAGCCAGUGCCAAACUCACAGAGAGGAUACGAGAUGCACUAGAAAAUAGUAAUGGGGAUCCACCUAUUGCUGUGCAGAAGUAUAUUAUAGGGCAAUGUCGAAAAUGGAAUCUUGUUUGGGUUGGGAGGAACAAAGUGGCCCCCCUUGAGGCGGAUGAGAUUGAGAACCUUCUUGGUUUCCCUAGGAAUCAUACUCGAGGUGGCGGUAUCAGCAGGACUGAUCGCUACAAGUCUCUUGGCAAUUCAUUCCAGGUGGACACUGUGGCAUAUCACCUCUCAGUGUUAAAGGAGUUGUUCCCGAAUGGACUCAAUGUCCUCUCACUCUUCUCGGGGAUUGGUGGGGCAGAAGUGGCACUUCAUCGCCUCCAAAUCCCGAUGAAGACUGUUGUAUCAGUUGAGAUCUCAAAAGUGAACCAAGACAUCAUGAGAAGCUUCUGGGAGCAGACAAACCAGAAGGGUGUUCUGAUCCAUUUUGGAGACGUACAAGAACUGACCAAACACAAGAUUGAAGAGCUCAUGGAUCGGUACGGUGGGUUCGACCUCGUCAUUGGUGGAAGCCCUUGCAACAACCUUGCUGGCAGUAACCGUGUCAGCCGAGUUGGUCUUGAAGGUAAAGAAUCAUCCUUAUUCUUCGAAUAUUGUAGGAUUUUAGGCGUGGUUCGUGACAAAACUCGCAGGAUGAGAAGGCUGUGAUUCUGAUUUUUUCUUUUGGGCAUCUAUGGGACUCUGAUGGAUUCUGCUGUUUAUGUGUUUGAACAUGUUCAUGUGAUGUGAUCACAUGGGGACAAUUUCAUUUUGGGAUUAAACCAGUGUACAUUUUGCAUAGAAAUUAUUCAGAAACUAAGUUGUAAGGAAGGAAGGUGGUUCCUUCAGCUGGCCAAACUUUCCUUGGCCUCCACCA